AUCCCACGCUUCCUGGCGGCUCCAGCACUAUCUCCAUACCUCCUAGGUACUUAGUCUAGUGUAGCGGCCUGCCUGCCUGUCUUCCUAACUAAACGUCCCGCCUACGACGCUCUCACCUCUCCACCUAGACACACACACAGACACACACCUAUACAUCAUCAUACAUCCGCAAACCACCUAGAACCUUGGUCCCUUCGCACAUAUAUCCUCCUAGCGACCCCUAGGCGUUCCCUUCAUCAGUCGCCUUGCUUUUUUCGCUGCCUACGCUGAAAUAGAACAUGGGCAAAUCUCAAUCCAAGCUCUCCCAAGAGCAGCUUGCCGAACUCCAGAAAUCCACUCAUUUCGACAAGAAGGAGUUGCAACAAUGGUAUAAGGGCUUCCUAAAGGACUGCCCGUCAGGCAUGCUUACGAAAGAGGAAUUUCAAAAGAUCUACCGCCAAUUCUUCCCCUUCGGAGACCCGUCUUCAUUCGCCGAUUAUGUUUUCAACGUAUUUGAUUCCGACAAAUCCGGCUCCAUCGAUUUUAAAGAAUUCAUCUGUGCGCUAAGCGUUACUAGCCGUGGCAGGAUGGAAGAUAAGCUUGAUUGGGCGUUCCAGUUAUACGACAUUGAUGGUGAUGGCAAGAUCAGUUACGAAGAGAUGCUCAAGAUCGUAGAGGCUAUAUAUAAAAUGGUUGGCUCCAUGGUGAAGCUACCAGAAGACGAAGAUACCCCAGAGAAGCGCGUGAGGAAGAUUUUCCGCAUGAUGGACAAGGACGAGAACGGCAGUUUGGAUAUGGACGAGUUCAAAGAAGGAAGUAAACGUGAUGAGACGAUCGUGUCAGCCCUAUCGCUGUAUGAUGGCUUGGUUUAAUCCACGACUAGCCCGGCUGGCCACAAAUCUUGGCAAGGGCCACGGUUCAUGCGCACGGGUCUCAGGGAGGCCAAACGGCCUGGGUAGGACGGAAAGGGAUUUCUACUGAUGAUUUGUAGACGGAAACGGGGUUUUGAUCCCGCAAGGGCCGGUGACAACAAACCGUGGUUCCUUUUCUUUUGCUUUUCCUCU